CGAGUCGUCCAUAACCAUGAUAACCAUGAUAACCAGUUUAUGCACUCUUGAUGGUAAUCAUGAAACAGUCAUGUCCAAUAAUGCAAUAUUUCCCCCACAAGUCACUAGUUAGUUAUUUUAGCAGCUAGAGGAAUACGCAGGUACAUUUGUAGAAGGACGGAGAAUACUAGUAUUUGGGUCCACCUGGUGUAGACCUUUGCCUGGCUCGUAGGACGGAUAGUUGGUGCGCCUCAGUGUGGGCGUUCUUGAUUACAUUCCAGAAUGUUUGUAGUUCUGCUCGCUGUGGCGUUGGCCGCUGUAGCUGUCAACGCUAAGGAGAUUCCAACGUUUCCAACCAAUUACAUCGCCGCAGGCACGAUCGAGCUGCCCUAUGCAGAGAUUGUUGAGCCAUACGAGGCAUUCGUGGAUGGCCAGAAUGAUAGAAGCAGAAUGGACACGUAUGGGGCGUUGGCUUCUGUAUUCCAGCUGGGGAAGAGUGGCAAGUACGGAACGAUGCUGGAGGUGGUGUAUGUAACUACGGAGAAGUUCCUUAACAAACGCGUGUGCUUCCAAACGAACGGUACCUCUGAUGGAGCUGUACAUCUACAAUCGGUCUUUCCAGGAAAUCCUGAAAAGUACGAGUAUAUGGGUACGGAAUCGUGCGGCAUUGGCGGUAUCAACUCGUGUGAUGUGUUCCGCUAUGAGUUUACGAACGGUGUGAAGACGAAUAAGUACACGUUCACUGUGUUGACUGAGGGCAUCCACGCCAUACCAAUCUCUUUCCAUUUCAUUGGCUACGAUGAGCUUUUCGGAUCCCACUACGAUGAGUAUCGCGUAAUAUACACAAAAUUCGCCAUUGUAGGGGAAUUCCCCAAGGGAACAUUUGAACCAGAGGUCAAUGAGUGUACUAGUGGUGAUUACUUGGGCUCCGGUAUCACACAGCCAUGCAGUAUCUUCAACCGCCUGCACCGAAUGGCUGAGCACGACAACGACGAAAUUGAGUCCUCGUUCAAGGAAUUCAAGGACACACAUGGCAAGAAGUACUCCAGCGACAAGGAGCACUUUGAACGCUCUCGCAUCUACCGUGCCAACCAUCACUACGUCGAGUCAAUGAACCGUCGCAAGUUGACUUAUCGCAUGAAGCUGAACCACCUCGCUGACUUGACCCCUGUUGAGCGCAAGAUGAUGCAUGGUCUGAAGCGCAGCGCUGAGAGUAUCUCUCCACCCGGUGCACAGGAGUUCCAGCCAGCCGAUGCCAGUGUGACUAUUCCGGAGACUCACGACUGGAGAAUCUUCGGCGCUGUCACCCCGGUGAAGGACCAAGCCAUCUGCGGGUCAUGCUGGUCGUUCAGUACCACCGGUGUCAUUGAGGGUGCUUACUUCAUCAAACAUGGCAAGCGUAUCCUACUCAGCCAACAGAAUAUGAUGGACUGCACGUGGGGAGAAGGCAACUAUGCUUGUGACGGCGGUGAGCAGUUCCGUGCUUACGACUGGAUCAUCAAGCAUGGUGGAAUUGCUACAGCGGAGAGCUACGGCCCAUACCUGAUGCAGGACGGCAAGUGUCACUUCAGCAAUGCCACGGUUGGCACCACGAUCACUGGAUAUGUACACAUUAAGCCGUUUAAUGAAACUGACUUGUUGAUGGCCCUGCUUGAGCAGCCAGUUGCGGUGAACAUUGACGCAUCUCAUGACUCAUUUAGCUUCUACUCCAGUGGUGUGUACUACGAACCAAAGUGCGGCAGCAAGUCUGAUGACUUGGAUCACUCUGUAUUGGCGGUGGGUUAUGGCACCUUGGACGGUGAGGACUACUGGAUCGUCAAGAACUCCUGGUCCGUGCACUGGGGAAACGUUGGCUUCAUUCUGAUGAGCCGCAAGGACAACAACUGCGGAGUUGCAACCGAUGCAUCAUUUGCCAAGCUGUAGAGCACGUAAUCAUGUAGCAAACAGCACAUCCUGCGAUCGAAUAUUCUCUUGAAAGCCAAUUCAACAAAAGAAUCAUCGGAAAUAGUGGACUGUGUCUGUCACAGACGAGAUGCACUUUGAUAACCUAAGGCAUGCCUUGCAAAGCUAGCCUCAUCCCCCAGCGGGUACCGACUCUCAAACUGCUGGCAUUGCUGUGUUACUGUGGCAAGGGGUCAGGACAACUCUCAAAGCAGCACAAAGGCUUCACAGUUGGAGUACAUCUUAGCUCCUUUUUUCUUCUUUUCCUUUUCCGAUGUACUGGAAUUGUUGAACUGGUGUUCGAUCUAAUAGCUUCGAGUAACACGAUGUGUUCCAUUAUUGAGUCCCUGGUAGACAGGUCUGCAUCAUGAUUGAAUUGUCACCGCCACCAAUUUGAUGUUUUUAAUUAUUAUUCAUCUGGACAUACAGUUCAAAGCAAUCAUCUUCCUCCUAGCUCCUGUUUUACAUAGUGUGCACAAUUGUUGCAUUGACACACUUUAACAGCCCGCAUUUCCUUUAAAAAUUGUUAAUGACUAAAAUUUAAUGUGCAUAGCAGUUACUGCAACCACUUCAGAUGAUUAACACACUUGAUCUGCCGUAUGCCGCACAGUGACUCGUGAUAUUUCAUUCCGGCCCUGCUUGGCAACUUUGCAAAUGACUAUGUAGAGGGAUCGA